AUGCCCACUCGACCUCCUGCUCAGCCCCUCCCAUCAUCAUCUUCCUCAUCCAUCCAGCGUCCGCACUACAUCGCGCCGGAAUUAUACCAGCUUUUCGCAAAUAUAUCAUUCCACAUCAUCCCUGCUAAGCUGGAGGAAGAUCUAGGACGGAUAUAUGGUCUGGUAGAUGAGUUGGGAGGACAAUGCGUUAGAGUGGAGGAAUGUAAAUUCGUAAUUAGCGCUGUGAAAGGAAAACCGAGAUUACUUAGAGUCCUAGGUGAAAUGUAUGAAAAAGUACCGAUUCUAACUCCUGAAUAUAUAUACGAUGCAUACACUUCUGCAUUGGAAUAUGCAGCUCAAGGUGAUACCGCACUUCGACCACCUAAGUUACCAGAUAGGUCGAGAUACGUUAUUAGUCCUGGUCCGAAGCCUAUCAAAUCCAUUACUAUCUUUCCAGUAAUGAUGGAUAUCGAUGAUGAAGAGGAUGUCAAACCUGUGUCGAAAAGACGUAGACUGUCGCACGAUGUGGAUGUGAAGCCUAAGCUUGAAGUGGACUUGAUGGAUAUGACUCUUUUUGAAGAAGAUGUUAGAUUUGAGGAUAUCCCUUCGUUGUGUGUACAUCGAGGUAGUCCGCUGAGGUGUAUAAAUCAAGAUAUAGUGGAUGCUAUACGUCCAAUCAUCGAGGAAAGGGAGUUUGAGGAAGCGCAACAGAAGAAUUCAAAUGUGUUGAGCUAUAGGAGGAGUUUGAGCGUGACCGUUCCAAGACGUAUCAAGUCAGGUAAAGAAGCUAUGAAGUUAUCUGGAGUAGGCGACAAAGUUGCUCAGCGUAUUGACGAAUACCUUCAAACCGGUAAAAUCCAAGAAUCAACCUCUAUCGUCUCUUCAUCCCGCUUCAAUGCGCUCAACCUGUUCGCAUCGGUCUAUACGAUAGGUCAUCACAAGGCGAAGGAUUUGUACGAUAAGUACAAUUGUAGGAAUUUGGAAGAUGUGAAAAAUCAUUUCGAAGCUAUAGAAGAGGAUUCACCAGAAGUAAGGUUAAAAGAUAAAUUGAGGAGAAGGAAGAGAGGUGGAAUGAAACAGGUUGAAAUUGUUGAAGAGUGGAUUAGACUAAAGGAGGAACUAGAUCAGAAAAUACCCCGAAAAGAAGUUCAAGAAAUAGCUGAAUGCGUGAUGGAACAUCUAGAAGCUUACAUACCAGGAUGUGAAUACACCAUAUGCGGAGGCUAUCGAAGAGGAAAGACCGAAUCUAACGAUGUGGAUAUAGUCUUCCGCCCUCCAGGUGUCAAUUUGGAUAUAGGUCUUUUGAGAGAUUUGUAUUUGAGAUUAUCAGAAUUAGGUAUAAUCACACAUGUUCUGCACGUAACGCAUCGUGAUCCCAAUACUCCCAUUCACGCUUCUUCGACAAACUUUGAUAAUCUAGAUAAAGCUUUUGUGAUUUUCAAGUUACCCGGACCAGGGCGGCUGCAUCGACGAGUCGAUUUGAUAUCUGCUCCUUUCGAUCGGUAUGCUUCGGCGAUAUUGAGUUGGUCGGGAAGUAUGAUGUUUGAAAGGGAUCUGAAGAGAUACUCGGAAAAUGUACGAGGAUACAAGUUCCGAGCGGGUCUGCUGCACGUUACAACAGGACAAGAAGUCAAUUUAGAAACGGAAAGGGAUAUAUUCAAUUUCUUGGGUUUGAGAUAUGUUCCUCCAGAAUUAAGGAAUGCCGACUGA